UCGUGGGGAGCCGUCCUCUCUGCGCUACAGCUUGCUUUGCUUUUGACUCUUACUUCAUCUUUUCUCAGUUUGUUCUGGAAAAACUCCCCGGCCCGCUGCGGGUCUCCACCGCCAUGGAGGCGGCGCUGCAGAAAGACCUGGCGCAGGAAGCGGCGCUGGCCAAGAGGAGACAUGCAGAGAUCUGCAGGCAGAAACGGGUCUUCGACGCCAGAAACAGGAUCCUUGGGGGAGACACAGAAGCCUGGGAUGCUCAGGUUCAUGACCAGAAGAUAAAAGAAGCAACGGAAAAAGCUAGACAUGAAACCUUUGCUGCCGAAAUGAGACACAAUGACAAAAUCAUGUGCAUAUUACAAGACCGGGAAAGGAGAGAUCGGAAAAAUCUGUGUAAAGCUAUCAAUGACUUCCAGCAGAAUUUUCAGAAGCCUGAAACUCGACGUGAAUUUGACCUGUCUGACCCCCUAGCCCUCAAGAAAGAUCUUCCAGCCCGGGUUUCAGAUAAUGACCUCCGGAAUACAGUGUCAGGAUUGCAGAAGUUCAUGGGAGAGGAUUUAAACUUCAAAGAGAGGAAGAAGUUCCAAGAGGAACAGAACAGAGAAUGGUCCUUGCAACAGAAAAGGGAAUGGGAGCAAGCCCGAGCUGACCACAAACUUGCAGAGGACUUCUAUACGCAGACAAGGCUGCAGUUUGAUGAAGCAGCUCGGAGCCUGCAGAAGCUAGAAAGCGCCACUAGGAGGGCCACGUGUGCGGCCGUGAAGGAGUUCAACAAGAAGCAGGCCGUAGAGUCAGCAGAAAGGAAGAGGCAAGAGAGGGCGCAAGAACAAGAGGACAACCUGGCCGAGAUUUCCGGCCUGCUGAGUGGGGACCUGCUCACCGAGAAUCCACUGCAGGCGGUCAGCUCCUUUGGGCCUCACCGUGUGGUCCCUGACCGCUGGAAGGGCAUGAGUCGGGAGCAGCUGGCAGAGAUCCGCCUCACUCAGAAGCAGCAAGUCCAGGAGAAGCUGAGAUGUCAGGAGGAACAGCGCCUGUGCAAUAUGGACUGGGACCGGCGGAGGAUCCAGAAGGCGCGAGCCAGCCUUCUCUGUGACCGGCAGCAGCAGCGCCUGCAACGGGGCCUGCGCAAGGCCCUGGACUGCAGCAACCUCAGCCUGGCCCAGGAACAGCAUUCACGGAAAAAGUACAUGAAUGACAUGAACACAAAUCAACUCUCAGAAGAUUAUUUCACUCAGUUUAAUACAAGAAGCCGGUGAUGGAAGAGACACCCUCAUUCCCCUUAUGCAUAAACUAGAGAGACACUCUCACUUUACCUAGAAUGUGUUUCGUGGUCCAGAAGGCUCUUAACUCACUGCCCUCUAAAGAGUGUGUGCUCUACAAGCCCUGUUCUGGACAGGGCUCCGGUGCAGCUCUGGGGGCUGUGGACAGAGCACAGGUGCCCCUUAAGUGGUUGUUCUGGAGGCCCCCGUGUGGCCUGCGCUGUGCAGGCUCUCACUCCCCUGCUGCCGGCAGUCUCGUGGGUGCUAACUCCACGGUAUCGCAGGUGGCCAUCACUCCACAAGCUCCACGAAGUGUUCUCUAACGGUUCUCGCUGCUGCACAGAGUGGUCAGUCUUUUUACUUCUCCCAUUAUCUAGCUGGAGAACCUGAGUUGCCCAUGUCCAGUGUGUUCAGGAUCCCCAUGACCUGUCAUGGUUCAGGUUAUGCCC